UACGGUGAAAAUGGCCCAUUCUCCGUUACCGAAGCUUAUUUGUAAAUCAAUAAACACAUCCAAGAUGUGUCCAUCCGAUUUCACUACAACCUUAUCUGAUGUGUUGCAAUCGGAACCAGUGAAAAGGUUGUUCAAUCAACCAAAUAUCAUUAUUAAAACGAUACCUUUAAAAAUAAAUACAACUUCUGCCUCAAAUGAUGCUUUUUUAAACAGAAUAAAUAAUAUAGAUUCAAAUAUAAAUAGACCAAAGCAGUCAGAAUUAUCUGUAAUUCCUUUACAGACAAAUCCAGAAGAAUGCAUAGAAGAUAAAAAUCUAUUACCUUCUAAAAAACAAGGAAAAUCUGAAAUCACACUAGUGCCUGUUAAAAGAGAAAAGAAAUCAUGUGGUCAUUACGAACCUUGCGAAAAUAUUAUCUGCGAUGUGGCAGUCCAUCAAUACGUAGAUCGUGAUGGAUCAUCACCUAUGUUAGCCAUUAACAUAGAAGAAAGUGAAAUAAAUGCACCUGUUUCCAAACAUUGUCCAAAUAAAAUGUGUGAUGCACUGAGCAUUGAUCAUGAUCGUUGUCGUAGAGCUGUAAUAAGACUGAAUAGAUGUAAUCAGUCAACAGCUUGUGACAUUUGUGGCAUUGCAUUAAAGACGCAAAGAUCUCGUAUACAUCAUAAAAACUGUGCAAGAAGGAAUGAAUAUAGGCAUAAUGAGAUAAGUAGUGCCCAAAUAUUAAAAGAAAGAAUGAGAGAACGAGAAAUUCAGAUGAUAGAAGCUUCUAGAAUAAAGAGAAAUGAUUAUACAGAUCCUGUUACAGCAUACAGUGUUGCAAUGGAAACAUUGAGAAAUAAUGAAGAAUUGAUUAUUAUACCAAAAUCAGUUUCUUUACAACAACAACAUCAACCAACAAUUACUAUAAGUUCUGUGUCUACAAUACAACCUACUUCACAAAUUACUAAUGUAAAUAAUGUUUUUGGAAAACUUUUACCUAGUAUACCGCUUGUAUUACCACAACAAAGUAUAGUCCUUGGUAAAGCACAGUGUUUAAAUGAGAAUAGCAUAACUACACCCAUACAAUUGGCUUUGUCGGAUACCUUAACUAGAUCGCUUAUAACAACAACCAGUACAGUUCCUUUACCUCAAAAUCAUUAUGUUACAUUUGCAACGCAAACUAAUACACAUCCGAUACCAAUAAAUGAUUUACUCUUGCCACAGUCACAAAUUAUGACAACACCUAUUCAACCUAAACCAUUAUUAACACCUAUACGUGUUGUACCUAUAACUAACUUAAUAACACAACCAUCCUUAUUACACCAAACACAGGGUAUACCAAAGUUUUGUAUUAUGCCAGACAAUACAGUACCACCAUUAACCAUAACAAAUCCGCAAUCUAUGCAACAAUCAGUAACCGUGCCAAAGGUUGAAUCUCCAACUGACUUGAAAACAACGUCACCAAAAAAGAAAAAGAUACUCGUGAAAAAAAAACGAAAAGUUAAAAAGAAAGAUUUCAAAUGUGAUUAUUGUCUUAAAAAUUUCAGUACAGAUUGGUAUUUCAAAAUGCAUGUUGCUAUGCAUACAGGUGAAAAACGAUUUACCUGUAAAACAUGUGCACAGUCAUUUAACAAUAGAUAUGAUAUGAAAAGACAUAUGUCAAAUGAUCAUGAGAAUGAAAGUAUGUCUCCUAGCACAUGUGACCAGCAAACUACUGAAGAUUCACAGGCAAAAAUAAACAACCUUGACUUACAGCAAGAGGUAAAAAAGGAAGAUAAAACAAAUGGAUAUGUUAAUAUGCCUACUCAGGAUAUUGUCAAAAACAUUAAAACAGAACUGUGUCAUGAAGUAUAAAGCAUUCCACUUUAGUAACCCAUUAAAAUUGAA